AUGGAGCGCGAACCUGUCCCAUCGUCUUUUGACGACAACCCUCAAUUCACAGAAGAGACCGGAACUCAAAAAUUCACCCGACGUCUGAAGGAAGAGCCGCUUGUUCCCCUCGGAUGCGCCGCAACAUGUUACGCCCUCUACCGCGCCUACCGGUCAAUGAAAUCCGGCGACUCAGUCGAAAUGAACCGAAUGUUCCGAGCCCGUAUCUACGCACAAGCCUUCACACUCGUCGCCCUCGUUGCCGGUGGAAUGUACUUCAAGACAGAGCGACAGCAGCGCCGGGAAUUCGACCAGGCUGUGGAGAUUCGCAAGAAGCAAGAAAAGCGUGACGCUUGGUUGCGCGAGCUGGAGAUUCGUGACAAGGAAGAUCGCGAAUGGAGGGAGCGUCACGCUGCUAUUGAAGCUGCUGCCAAGGAGGUCGGCAACAAGCCCGCGCCACCGCGCAGUGAGCCUGGUGCGGCACAGUCGGCGAUUGAGUCGGCUGAUGAGAAGUCUAUUGGCGUUAUGGAUGCUGUGAAGGCGCUUAUGUCACGAAACUGA